CUCGGCCAUGAUUUUCGUUGGAAGAUACAGCAAAUGCUCCGCAAUGCACACUGCCCUGGAAGGCGAACAACCACAAACCAUAAACGACAUCGCCUGCUUGUGUUGCCUUGCACUGUGUUGCCUCGCUGACCAUCAUCACCUGAUCCAUUCAUCACAACACACACACACACACAUACACCACACACGACGGAGGCCGUCUGUGAUCAUGGCGCCCACUGCUGAGGAGGUGAAAGCGGAACUGCUGCUGGAGCCUGGCUACGUGAACCUGAACCAUGGCUCGUUUGGAACAGUGCCAAAGGUGGUCAUGGACAAGCACGUCAAGUACCUCCAACGCCAAGAGCAACGGCCCGAUGUCUGGUUCCGGGGCCAGUACCAGGAGAUUGUGGCCAAGAGCCGUUCAGGUCUCGCCAGUUUCCUCGAUGCACCACUGGAGUCUGUCUGCUUGGUGGAAAACACAAGCACGGGUGUGAACGCGUGCCUGCGGGCAACGUGCGUGCGCGAGGACGACCGCGUGCUGCUGCUCGGCUGUGCAUACCCGAUGGUCAAGAACACCACACGUGCGCUGCAGCGGCAAGGGCUGUGCGGGGACGUCGUCAGCGUUCCCGUGGCGUUUCCCAUCUCCGCACAAGAGGAGGUCACGUCCGCUGUCGAGCAGGAGCUCCAGAAGCACCCCAAGGGCCACUUCAAGGUGGCCAUCUUCUCCCACAUUGUCAGCUUCCCCGCCAUGACGCUGCCCGUUGCCGAGCUGACGCGCAUCGCCAAGGACCACGGCGUGUCGCGCGUGGUGAUUGACGGCGCACACGUGCCGGGCCACCUCCCCAUCAGCGUGGCGUCGCUCUUCGACGCGGGUGUCGAUGCGUACAUUGGCAACUGCCACAAGUGGCUGUUCUGCCCCAAGGGCACUGCCGUGCUCUGCCUCGCUCCGGGCUACCAGGUCUACCCGACGGUGGUGUCCAGCGAGUGGCACCUGUACCAAGACGACGCCGACGACGGCACGCAGGGUGAAGCGCACGGCACGACCGCUCGCCAGUACGUGUACACGGGCACGCGCGACUACACGGCCAUGUGCUGCAUCUCCGAUGGCAUUGCCUUCCACACGCGGCUCGGCGGCGGCGACCUCAUGCAACGCAACCUGGACCUUGCGCAAUGGGGGCGGGAGCGCCUGGUGGAGCUGUUUGGAACAGAGGCCGCGUGCCCUGCCGACAUGCAGCCGUGCAUGUUCACGGUGCGGCUGCCGAGCGACGACGCGGACAAGGCCGCCAACCUGUACGCGCACAUGAUGGAACAGCACAACACCGCCGUGGCAGUGCAGAUGGUGGAUGGUAAGGCGUGGCUGCGCCUCUCCGCCCAGGCCUACGUCACCCGCAGCGACAUUGACACGUGUGCACAGCACGUGCUCCAGUACUACGCUCAGUAGGCGGGAGGUGUGUGUGUGUGUGUGUGUCCUGUCCUCGGGACACCUCGUAUCUCUCUGGUUACAUCU